AUGGAUAUAAAUACUGAUAAUCGUCGUCAAUCAUCAUCAUCAUCAUCAAAUGAUAAACGUAUUCAUAAUAUUAAUUAUGUUCGACAUGUUUUAAGAAAAUUUUUUGGUAGUUAUAAUAAGAAAUCUUCAUCAAUAACAAGUUUUAAUGAUAUUUCUUAUGAACAAUUACAAACAACAAAUAUUAUAAAGAAUAAUUCUAUAUCUUCAAUAUUAAUUCAUCCAUGUUUACAAUAUGAUAAACAUACAAAAUUUUCUGGUGAAUUAUUACUUGAUUGGUUAUUGAAUCAUUUUGAAGGUCGUUAUGAAGAUUUAAUAUUAAUAAAACAAGUUAUUUUACAAUGUUGUACAUGUCUUAUUUCUCUUGGUGUACUUCAAAUAGAAAAUGUACAAAAUAAUGAUUUAUUUCAAGCAGAAAGUUUGUAUUCGUGGGCAACUAACAUAAAUGAUGAAGAUACAAAUAUUAAAUUAUCACCACCAAGUAUAUCCAGUAAUAUUAAUCAUUAUCUGGUUGAAAGCAAAGAAAAUAACUAUAGAACAUCGACAGCGACAACCAUUUUAGAUAUUCUUCAAAACGAAUACGGUUUUCAUCCUGAUAUUGAACCAAGUGAAAAAAAAUCUGUAUUUACACAAUACAAUCUUUUCAAUGAAAUAGAAAAGAUUGAAAAAUCAACACAAACAGAUCAAAUAAAUUUAGGUCUUGUUCCUUAUUCUAAGAAAUGUUUAACAUUUAAAUAUCAUAAUUCAAUGUCAUCAUCAAUUGUAACAAAUCCAAAUUCAGAUUGUGAAACAUCAUCUUCAACAUCAAAUUGUUAUGAUGAAAUUACUAUUCGACGAGCAAUGCAUAAAUUAUUCUCAUAUGUUAAUAACAAUGAUUCUUCAUUGUCUGUUGAUGAUAAUAUUCAUUCAUCUGUUUCAUCUUCUUCACUUGUCCUUCAUCCUUCACUAUCAUAUAAAAAUAAUCAUGCUAAAUUUACAAAUGAUUUAUUAAUUGAUUGGUUAACAUUGAAUUGUGAUACAAGAAAUUCUUCUACACAAGCAUUUGUUAAACAACAACAAUUUAAAUCAUAUUUACAUUCUCAUAAUAACUCAAAUGACAAUGACCUUCGAAAAACUUUAAAUAUACGUGUCUCAAAAGAUGAAUCCAAGUUACCACUAUCAUCUAGUAAAGAACAAUCCAUAUCAUCUUGUCUUAAAGUUAAUCAAAAUAUUAACGAUGAUGUAUGUUCACUUUUGUCAAAUCUUAUUAUACAAGUUGAUGAAAAAUCAAAAUCAUCUGACGUGCCAUCUUCCAUGUCAAACAUUCCAUUACCAAUAUCUUCACCUCCUCCACCACCACCACCACCAUUCCUUACCAUUUUUACACCAACCAUAACAUCACCUUUUUCAUCCAUUCCACCACCAUUUCCGCCUUUUUCUAAUUUUGGUGUUCAACCAUCAUCACCUUUUCCAAUUUCGGCUGGUCCACCGCCACCUCCACCAUUUCCAGGCUCGGCUGGUCCACCACCACCUCUUCCAUUCCUUGGUUUCGGUGUUCCACCACCACCACCUUUUCCAAUUUCGGCUGGUCCACCGCCACCUCCACCAUUUCCAGGCUCGGCCGAUCCGUCGCCUCCAUUCUCUGGUUUUGGUGUUCCACCACCACCACCUCCUCCUCCAUUUCCUGGUUUUGGUGUUCCACCACCACCACCACCACCUCCUCCAUUUCCUGGUUUUGGUGUGCCACCACCUCCAUCAACAAUGGGUUCAUAUGGACCUCCGCCACCACCUCCAAUGAUGAUGGGAUUUGGUAUUCCACCACAAUUACCACAAUAUUUACGUAGGAAACAAAAAUAUGCUGUAACUGAACCAGUUAAAAAAGUUCAAUGGAGUAAAAUCAAUCCACAUGCAAUUAAAAAAGAUUCUAUGUGGGUUCAUGUUGAUGAAGAAAAAUAUGUUAAUGAUGAACUUUUUUCUGAUAUACGAAAAAAUUUUGCAAGCAAAGUAGCUCCAAGUAGACAACCUAUCCAUGAACUUGUUGAUAAAUCAAAAGAAUUACGUGUUCUUGAUGCUAAAGCUGCACAAAAUUUCGCUAUUAUGUUCAGUCAAUUGAAGACACCACCAUCAGUUUUUCGUGAAUGGAUGCUUUCAUGUGAUAAUGAAUAUUUAAAAGAUGAUUUUAUAAAACAAUUAGAAAAAUAUUUACCAACACCUGAAGAAUUAAAAACAUUAGCUGAUUAUAAAAAUGAAAUUAAUGAUUUACAAUAUUCCGAACAGUAUUUUUGUGCAAUCGGCGAUAUAAAACGAUUAAAACAACGUUUAAAAACUCUUUUAUUUAAAGCAAAUUAUAAAGAAACAGUUGAAGAAACAGAUAAAGCAUUUGUUGAAGUUCGUACUGCAUGUGAUCAUAUUCGAUAUUCAAUAAAAUUUAAAAAAAUGCUUGAAUUAAUAUUAACAAUAGGAAAUUAUAUGAAUUCAAGUGCAAAAUCAUAUGAACCUAUACAUGGAUUUGAUAUUAGUUUUUUACCUAAAUUACAUUCAACAAAAGCAAAUGAUGGUCGUCGUUCAUUACUUCAUUUUAUUGUUCAAGCUAUAGAAAAUAAACAUCGUGAUUUACUUUCAUUUUCUGAUGAAUUCUAUUCACUUGCUGAUGGUAUAUCCAAAAUUAAUAUACUUGAAUUACAAAAACAACCAAAAGAAAUUAAUAAAGAAUUAAAAAAUGCUCGAGAAGAAUUAGAUAUUGCAAAAAAUAUUGAUGAACAAAUUGAUGGAGAUAAAUUUAUUGAAUCAAUUGAAGAUUUUAUUAUUCGAGCUGAUAAUGAUGUUGUACGAUUAGAACAAUUAGAUGGAGAAAUGACACAAGCUUAUCAAGAUCUUUGUGAUUUUUUAGCUAUUGAUCCAAAAAAUUAUUCACUCAAUGAAUUUUUUAUAGAUCUUAAAUCAUUUUGUUCUUUCUUUUCGACAUGUCUUCAAGAAGUACGAGCAUGGCGUGAACAAGCAGCAAAAGCAGCUAAAUUAUCUCAAAAUCUAAUGUCUACUUCACAAUAUUUUGUUCGAACAUCUUCACGUCGUUUUCCUAAACGAUCUGAUUCAACGGAAGAUUUUAUAUUGGCAGCUGCCGAAAGUUUGACUUCAUCAUCACGUGGUUCUUCUCCAUCUAUAGCAUAUCGUCGACAGAUUCUCGAUACUCCCGAUGAUUCAACAACAGUAACAAAUCGUCGUCCAUUAUCACGUAUUGAAGAUUUAAUUGAUAAACGUAAAACAAAUCGUGGAUUAACACCAACAGUAACUCCAAUUAAGAAACGAUCACAAUCAUAG